AUGGCGGGCGAGGGGGACCCGCAGGAAGCUGCGCACGACAUGGGCAACCACCUGCCGCUGCUGCCCGCAGAGAACGAGGAGGAGGAGGACGACGAACUGGAGAUGGAAGUUGAAGACCAGGAUAGCUUAGAGGCCAAAAAGCCAAGUGUCAUAAACUUUGACACCAGUCUGCCAACAUCGCACACGUACCUGGGGGCCGACAUGGAGGAGUUCCACGGCCGGACCGUGCACGACGACGACAGCUGCCAGGUGAUCCCGGUGCUGCCGCAGGCGGCCAUGGUGCUCAUCCCGGGCCAGACGCUGCCCCUGCAGCUCUUCAGCCCGCAGGAGGUCAGCAUGGUGCGCAGCCUCAUCCAGAAGGACCGCACCUUCGCCGUGCUCGCCUACAGCAACGUGCAGGAGAGGGAGGCGCAGUUCGGGACCACGGCGGAGAUCUACGCCUACCGGGAGGAGCAGGAGUUCGGGAUCGAGGUGGUGAAGGUGAAAGCGGUCGGAAGACAGAGGUUCAAGGUCCUGGAGCUGAGGACGCAGUCGGACGGGAUCCAGCAGGCGAAGGUGCGGAUCCUGCCCGAGUGCGUGCUGCCCUCCACCAUGGCCGCCGUGCAGCUCGAGUCCCUCAACAGGUGCCGGCUGGUGCCGGCCUCGCCCGCCCGGGAGGACCGGCGCUCACCCCAGUGGUGGCAGAAGUACCAGAAGAGAAAAUUUCAUUGUGCAAAUCUGACCUCGUGGCCCCGCUGGCUGUAUUCCUUGUAUGACGCAGAGACGCUGAUGGACAGGAUCAAGCAGCAGCUGCGGGAGUGGGACGAGAACCUGAGAGAGGACUCUCUUCCUUCCAACCCAAUAGAUUUCUCUUACAGAGUAGCUGCUUGUCUCCCCAUCGACAACAUGCUGAGGAUCCAGCUCCUGAAGAUCGGCAGCGCCGUGCAGCGGCUGCGCUGCGAGCUGGACAUCAUGAACAAGUGCACGUCUCUGUGCUGUAAGCAGUGUCAAGAAACAGAAAUCACCACCAAAAACGAGAUAUUCAGCCUGUCCCUGUGCGGGCCCAUGGCAGCCUACGUGAACCCUCACGGGUACGUGCACGAGACGCUGACCGUGUACAAGGCCUCCAACCUGAACCUGAUAGGCCGGCCGUCCACGCAGCACAGCUGGUUUCCCGGGUUUGCCUGGACGGUCGCCCAGUGCAGGGUCUGUGCCAGCCACAUCGGGUGGAAAUUCACAGCCACCAAAAAGGACAUGUUACCUCAGAAGUUUUGGGGUUUGACUCGCUCUGCUCUGCUGCCCACGAUCCCGGACACUGAGGACGAGCUGAGCCCCGAGAAAGUAGUGCUCUGCCUGUAG